CACUCCAUGGAUCAAUCUUACCCCAUAACAUAACAUAACAUAGUUAGUUAAUGUGUGUAGUGAUUUUGUCAUUGUGCGAAGAUAAACACGAGGAUUCAGACACAAAAGGAGCAACUCGUCAGAACUAAAAAAAGAGCUCUCAUAAACUCUGAAACAAAAAAAAUCAGAUAGUGAGAGAGAGAAAGAGAAAAAGAAAAAUAUUAUUAAAAUUAAUAGUAUUUAUAAUAAAUCAAAGGAAGGAGAAAUUUCAGAGUGUUGCAGAGAGAAAGAGAGGGGCAUGGCGGCGUUUGCAGUGCAGAGAUAGCUGUAAAAGACUGUGGUACUGUUCCUCCUUUAUUAUUAUUACUAUUAUUAAUAAAUUUAAUUUAAAAUAAUUUAAUUAUAUUUAUUAAUUUUAUACAGAAACACAAGCUAAGUUUUACACAAACAAACACUAGAGAAAGAAAUGUUUUUGAAGAAGGUUAGCUUGUUGAGUUAGAGAAAUUGAAAGCGCGAUUAACGCUGUCCGACACUGUUUCGUCCGCCGUCUGUGUGUUCUGUCCUUCUUUUUUCCUUAACUUCAAUUACUCCUUUUUCCAACCACAACGGUUAUACAACAAGGAGACAUAGUCUUAUGUUUUCAUGUUCUCUGUGUUUUGUGUAAUUUUUCUGGAGACGCACAAACAUUAACACAGUAACCAAAAAGUUACAAAUCCCAAUUCUUUCUCAACCGUUUUUUGUCAUUAUUAUUUUCGUUUUUCAUUUCUCAUGUUCUUCUUAAUAGUGUGUACACAAAACCGAUUUAGGUUUUUGACAUGGAAAUUGAGUCGAAAUUAAGAGAAGACGUCAAGUUGUUAUUAGGGUUAAAGCUUUCAACAAGACAAUGGCUGGUUUGUUCUCUCUAGGAGGUGGUAGAGGUAAUCAACAAGGAGGUGGAGAGUCACAUCAAGGUCAGAAUCAGAUUCCCCCUCCUCAAGAGACUCUUUUCUGGUACAACAAAAACGAUGAUGUUUCAUCUUAUAGAGGAAAUUUAGAACUAUGGAAUCAGCACCAACACCAGCACCAGCACCACCUCCAGCAACAUGAACAACAAGGUGAGGAAGGUGUUAUACCAACACAUGUUGCAAGGCCAUUUUUCUCGCGAGAUCUGUAUGGAUUAGGAGUCGGACCGAGUAGGGUUUCGUCAGACGAUCAACAACAACAACAUCAGUCGUUGAAUAUGGGGAUGAGAUCAUCUUCAUCUGGUGGCGAAGGGAUAAGCUGUCAAGAUUGCGGUAACCAAGCAAAGAAAGACUGUCCUCACAUGAGAUGUAGAACUUGUUGCAAGAGUCGUGGAUUUCAGUGUCAAACUCAUGUGAAAAGCACUUGGGUUCCAGCUUCACGACGCCGUGAAAGACAACAGCAGUUAUCAUCUUCUUCAUCUUUACAAAGAGACAUUUCCAAACGCCCAAGAGACUCCAACGCUCUUGUUUCAACUCGCAAUUUUCCAUCAGGGUUAGAGGAAGCAAAUUUUCCUGCUAUUGUAAGCUCACCAGCUGAGUUCAGGUGUGUAAGGGUUAGUUCAAUAGACGAUGCAGAUGAGAGGUUUGCAUAUCAAACGGCUGUCAACAUUGGAGGACAUUUGUUCAAAGGGAUUCUCUAUGAUUUUGGUCCUGAAAACACUAUCAACAACAAUAACAAUACUUAUAAUAAUAGUAAUUACAUGAUUGGCGAAACCUCGGGCGGUGGCGUUCCCGUUGCUCAACCGUUGAACUUAAUCGCCGACUCUGAUACCACUGUUGUUUCUUCGGGAGCACUUGUUGAUCCGUCGUCCUUGUAUUCGGCUCCGAUGAACGCCUUCAUGUCGGCUAGUGGUACGCAAUUCUUCUCUCGUCCAAGAUCUUGA